AAAUGCGUUUCAGCGUUGGAGACAAAUGGCUGGGGAGGCUCUUAUGAUGUGACGACCAUCUGCGGCCUCAGAGGAAGCUCGGUGGAGCUCGUGUGCACGUUCUGGUACCCUCAAACAAAAAACGCGAGCGUCAAGACUGUGUGGUUCACCAAAUGGAACAAUGACAAGCCGGAAGAUUUGCGUUCGGACCCUCAGUAUGCCGGUCGUCUGCACUUUGACUGCCAAGACAACCAGUGCCGUUUGUCAAUCAGCCAGUUGAGGGGAAGUGACGCCGGCGUGUACAAAUUCAGAUUUGUCACGACUGUAAACAGCUACACCGUCACGCCUGGAGUCACUCUGACCGUCACUGAUCUCAAUGUACAAGUGGGGAGUGCACUGAGUUGUGUCAGCAAAUGCAAUCUGGAUACUGGUGCUUCAUACAUCUGGUACAAGGAUGGUCAAGAAAUCCUAAACGCAAACUCUUAUUGGUAUUAUGAUUAUCGCUCUUCUCCGUCUCGUGGUUAUGACGACAGACACAGCUACUCCUGUGCUAUAAGAGGAUACCAGCAGCUCGUGUCUCCUCCUCUGUGUCCAGGUCGGCCCAGCAGCACCUGGUGUAACCGGGUGCUGUAUGAAGAGAGAAGCAUCUGCGCUCUCAAAGGCUCCACAGUGGACAUUAGUUGCACUUACAGCACCUACUACAGUUCUCAGGUCACAUCAAAAUUCUGGUUCACAAAAAACGAUCCUCGGGACCUCAAGUUGGACGACCGCUACAAGGCUCGUGUUGAGCUCUUUGAAAAAUCUCAAGGACAAUCGACUCUGAGAAUCAACAACUUGAUGGAGAGCGAUUCUGCGGAUUACCGCUUCACAUUCACCACGAAAGGAAAGUUUACCUGGAAGAGUACUUUGCCCGGAACCAUUUUGACUGUCGCGGUUGUGCAGGUGCAGGUGGUGCUCGUCACAGUGAAAGAGUCAUACAUCAUCGCUCAGCUAUUGUGCCACUUGAGCUGCAGCCCGCCAUCUCCUUUGUCUUUCUGCUGGUCGAGGAACGGACAGCCGGUGGGCUCCUGUGCCCCAUCCCAGAUGGACAAACCCUUUGAAGUUAUUUUAUAUCCUGGCGACUACGUCAGCUGUGCGGUGGAAGGAUAUCCGCUCAACGUCUCUGCUCAGCUGUAUGCUCCGAUGACCCCCUUCGUGUCGCCGAGUGAUCCAGGUGAAAUAGUGGAGGGCGAUCGGCUGAUCCUGACCUGCAGAACCAACCCCGCAAUAUCAUAUAGACACCGAUGGUUUAAGAAGAUCAGAAACACUGGCAUUCUAGAAAUAAGUGACGGAGAACAGCUGGUCUUCAAGGCUACCAAGUCUUCAGACUCAGCCGAAUAUUUUUGUACUGCGGAGAACGAGCUGGGGGCGAAGAUGUCAGAACCCGUCCAAGUCGAUGUGAAAUAUGCUCCCAGGAACUGCUCCUUGCUGGUGCGUCCCUCCAAAUUCCCCGAGGAGGGCCAGUCCGUGACUCUGACCUGCAGCAGUUACGCAAAGCCGGAGACGAACUACACGUUGUACAAAGACGACCAACCCGUGCGCCUGGAAUCAGGAGGAAUUUACCGCUUCAUCUCCAUCCGCCCACAAGAUGCCGGACGCUUCUACUGCAAGGCCCGCAAUGAAUAUGGAGAAGCCAACUCUUCAGAAGAGGUCAUUGAAGUCAUGUAUUCUCCUCGGCCUCCGGAGGUCUCAGCGAAAGCCUCCGACGACAUCCGCCCGGGCUCUUGGGUCAGUCUGACGUGCAGCAGUGAUGCUAAGCCCAACGCUAGCUACGCUUGGUACAAGGCCACCGAGGAGACUCCUCUAACCACGGCGGCCGUCUACAACAUCAGCGACUACCAAGCGAAGCAUGCCGGCGAGUAUCGCUGUGUCGCCCACAACGCGAUGGGAAGCCGCAACGCCACCCUGUGGCUCCAACCCAUGGCCAGUUCACUGACCGCGUCCAUCGUGCAUUAUGUCGCGGCCGGCGGCGCGGUACUCGUCCUGCUUCUCGUAGCCGUUGUGCUGCUCAGGAAAAAGAUGACAUCAAAAGCUCAGAUAAAUGCAAAUGAAAACUGCAAAAAUGAUCCAAAAUGUCGCCAGCCAAACGCGAGUUCAGAUGGAAGCAGGGGUCCUGCGGACGACCUGGUGUACUCGACGGUGACUUUCUCCAAACAACCUCACAUUUACGCCAACGUCGUCGAGGCCCAGAGGCGCAAGGGCGAGGAUCAGGACGAGGAUGUGGAGUACAGCCUCGUCAACUGCGACGGCCACGCCUUAAAGCUGAAGACUCAAGAGGAUGCCGGCGUGAGCGAGCUGGACAGCGCCGUGCAGAAAAGACGCAUUUGACCUCAGGGACGGAUCACCUGUCGACCUGACAUUUGUGGCACAGCCAAAAAGU